UACUGACGAUUCAAUGGAAACGAUAUCCUCUUAUAUUUUCAUGGUUCAGAAAAAAAACGCUUUUUUCGAACCAAUCAUCUCGACAAUUUCGAACUGCCUCCACAGUCUUUUCUGGAGAAAACUCUGGAUGUUGGGAACCGAGAAUUUCCAGCUUAUCCUCGCAUUUUUUCAAUAAGUGAUACUUCAUAUGGAAACAGCUAUGGUAGAGCUGUGACAAAUUUGAACACGAUUGACAAACAAGAAACUCCACUGCCGGCAAUGGGCUGCAGUCCGAUAAAGGUCUUUCCAUUGUCUCUAGAGUUUCGCUGUCGUACAAGUCGAGCGCGUACAAUUGGAUGA